GAAACUCCAUUUAUUUUGAUCACAAUUUGAUCUAUAAAAACAUCACGAACUGAGUUUGUUUGUGAGAGCCAUGUCUCUCUGUGGAUUCGUUUGUGAUUUAGUAGACUUAAAUUGAAAUGAACUGCUUUUGACCUUUCAUGCUCAAUGUCAUUCGUACUUCGUACAUCUACCUACUCUACUACAUUACAUUUUGAUGAAAAGAUUGACGUUCCCCGACGUCAUGAUUCGUCAGGGGAGUAUAGACGAUAUAAACACUCAGCAAUUUUUGAAGAUAUCCAACUAUGAAGACACUGUUAGGCAACUGGAUAUAUACUAUGCUAUAGCUAUACGCCUGCUUCUACUAUUAUUAAAAAGACAGCUACUAAGAUUUCAAAGUCCGAUCACAGGACUGUUUCCUGUUCUGUCUUCCGAUCUUCACAUAGGUAGUGUGAGGGACAGCAUAUACUGUGCUGCAGCAGUAUGGGGACUUUAUCAAGCUUACAGACGUAUAGACGAUGACAGAGGAAAAUCAUAUGAGCUAGGUCAAAGCACAGUAAAAUGUAUGCGUGGUAUUCUAGAAUGUUGGGUGAAGCAAGCAGCGCGUGUAGAAGCAUUUAAGACGCGGCAGAGCGCUGCUCAUGCUUUACAUGUAAAGUUUCACCUUACUACUGGUGAACCUGUAGUUAGUGAUGAACAAUACCAUCAUCUGCAGAUUGACGUCGUCUCAUUGUAUUUGCUGUUCUUAGUACAAAUGAUCACCUCAGGAUUGCAGAUUAUUUACACACAGGAUGAAGUGGCAUUCAUACAAAACUUGGUGUACUAUGUGGAGCGCGCAUACAGAACCCCAGAUUAUGGUAUGUGGGAACGAGGCUCUAAAUAUAAUGAUGGCAAGCCUGAAAUUCAUGCCUCUUCUAUUGGAAUGGCAAAAGCAGCACUCGAGGCCAUAAACGGCUGCAAUUUGUUUGGAGACAAGGGCGCAUCAUGGAGCGUCGUCUACGUAGAUAUAGACGCUCAUAAUCGUAACAGGAGCAUAUUUGAAACUAUGUUACCGCGUGAAUCGAGUUCUAAGGGAGUCGACGCUGCGCUUCUACCUACAAUAUCCUUCCCCGCUUUCGCGACUCAUGAAGAGCAUUUAGUGCAAUUAACAAAGACUAACAUUUUGCGGCGUUUACAAGGCCGUUAUGGUUUCAAACGGUUUAGUCGUGAUGGAUACAAAUGCGUUCUGGAAGAUCCGAACAGGCGGUAUUAUAAUGAAGGGGAAUUAAAGGAAUUCGACGGUAUCGAAUCUGAGUGGCCUUUGUUCUAUGUUAUGAUGAUAAUUGAUGGAGUAUUCAAGACAUUACCUGAUCAAGUUGAAGAGUAUCAACGAUUGUUGAAGGCAAGGAUAUACAUGGAUGAAUUUGGAGAUCCAGUUAUUCCAUGGUAUUACUAUGUACCACGGGAAGGUAUAGAAAAUGAACGCAAUGAACCAUAUUCCGUGCGAAGGGUCCCUGCUAGCCAACCCAGCGAUGAUAACAAAGAUACCGGAGGUCUAUUCCUGUGGGCGCAAUCCCUCUUUGUCCUAGCUCAACUUUUAACGGGCGGAUUGUUGCAUAUGAACGAAUUGGAUCCAAUAAGACGAUAUCUACCCUCGUACAAUCGACCUAGACGUGCUGGCCGAUAUUCUGCGUUCCAGGCCAAGCCAGCGUUUGGUAUAGCGACAGAUCUGGUAGUACAAGUGGUACUAAUCGCCGAAUCCAUGCGUUUGCAAGCUAUGAUGGGCACGUACGGUAUCCAGACUCAGACUCCACAUGAAGUUGAACCCGUUCAGGUUUGCAGUUCUACGCAAUUGGUACACGUAUACAGAGAAUUAGGAGUUUGCCAGAAGUUAAAGCUUACAGGACGACCUAUUAGACCUGUUGGGUCAUUGGGCACUAGUAAGAUUUAUAGAGUAUGUGGAAUGACAGUUCUCUGCUACCCUCUCAUAUUCGAAGUGUCGGAGUUCUACUUGUACCGAGAUAUGGCUCUCCUUAUAGAUGAUAUAAAGACGGAACUACAAUUUGUUGGGAAGUACUGGCGUCUGUCUGGUCGACCGACAGUAUGCCUCCUAGUGCGCGAGGAACACAUGCGAGACCCCCACUUCAAACAGAUGUUAGAUCUCUUCGCGAUGCUCAAAAAGGGACACUGUGAUGGCGUCAAAGUCCGCCUUGGUCGAUUGCAGAAUUUGAUUUCAAGCUCUUGUAUGGAGCAUCUAGACUUCAUGAGCCAAGGCGAGUUUCCAUUAGAAAUGUUCACACAAUUCAAACAAUUGGAACACGAGUACAUUGGGUACCAAUCCUUGACGGACGUGCCACGUACUCACACGUACCGAGAAGAAACGGUGUGUUACGACUCUUAUAAACACCGUUCUACACCCGAUGUGGUCUCAGCGCUGCGGGCUACGGAUAAUAUAUUCGCACAAAGUCAACUUUGGGGCAUCCUUAUGGAAAGAGAGGGACCGAUGUAUGAGGUGAACGGCACUUGUGCACUAGAAGCGCUAAAGAGUUUGUACCACAGUGCUGGGGUACUACGCCAUUGGCGCGCCGUUCGGUACUGCUCGUCGCUUCUCAACCACACUGUGGAUUCCAUCAGCCCUUUUAUCACUACAGUACUUGUUAACGGCAAGCAGUUAACAGUAGGUGUGAUUGGUCGCAAAGAGACUGUUUUCGACAAACCGAUGACUCCCGGCGAAAUUCAGUCUGUAAUGUACUCCACUAUACAACCUUAUGACGUCAUCGGGGCUGUUUUACAACAGGAAAUAGUCCUCUACUGUGGACGAUUAAUCGGAACAAACCCAGACAUGUUCCACGGUAUCCUCAAGAUCCGAGUAGGUUGGGUUCUGCAAGCAAUCCGGCUGUAUCUGCAGCUGUUCCCGUCAGAGAUCCGCGCCGACGCGCAGUUGGAAAGCCUCUCACCGUACAAGCUGCGCACGUUACUGAUCCGUGUUCUGUCCGUCUCCGAUUGGGCGGAUGAGAAAGGGUUAACACCUUUGCAUCGACGCCAAUUAGAAGGCUGCCUUUGCCGUGUACCCAAACACUUCUACAUUCAAGUUUGGGAUAUUUUGCUGCGGACGCCUAAAGGCAUUGUCGUACAAGGUCAUUCAAUUCCAGCAGAACCGACAUUAGUGAACAUGUCGCGUUCAGAACUAUCCUUCGCACUACUCGUCGAGGCAGCUCUGGUCCGCGUCGAAUCCCCCGCCCGUCGACAACUCUGCGUGGAGUUGUUGUGCGUCGUAGCUACCAUAUUGCGACGGAACCCUGAGCUUACGCUGCGUCAGCCUCUCGAUUUGGAUAAAUUGUUGGAUGAUGCUCAUUUGACUUACGCAAAGGACAGCGGACAACCGUUGUCUAGUGAGGCACUAAGCUCCGCAGCGCCAGCCGUGAGCGUUGGCUAUUUGGCGCGAGCAGUCGUCAACAGUGUACUGCAAGCUGCCGCCGCCCCUGACCUCGCACCAGCCGCUCACGAUGCUUGUUUGGUUACGUAAACUAUUUUGUUGAUUAUUAAAAUUUUUACGGUGACAUUGUGUUCGAUACCAGGUCAUAUUAUAUAAGAUGUAAGUACUUUUUAAUUACUCAUAAAAAAUACGAUCUGAAAUUCUAAGGAAAUAUCAAAUUCACAUUUAAUUUUAAUUCAAAUUAAAAAUAUGAAAGGAGUUAAAGCGUUCAGAGAGUGAAUUCCACACCAUAGCUAUUCGCCAUAUAAAUGUGGAAGUGUAACGCUUCGUCUUUUUGUUUGUAUUUCAAGUUCCUGACAGACUGGCUCAUAACUUGGAUGGUUAGGAGCUGGCGC